AAGAAGGACAUGAUCACGGGAGUCCCAAUCAUGAGAGGUAAAAGUAUGGCACGACAACUAGUACACCUCUGUUGUCUACGGCUAUUUCAAAUAUUUUCCUUUUCCAGUGGUCUCUUGGUCCUUAUCGUUGCUGCUGCUCCCUUCCAGCACAAAGUGCCAAAUGCUGGCGGCUACCCCCAAAUUCCGACGCUGCUCACAGGGGCAAAAGCAGGUGAACCGCCGUUCAUACCUGCUGGGUUUCAACAACACAAUGGUGUCAAUAAAGGUAGCAACUUUCUGAAGGCAGGUCCCGGUGAAUAUCGUGGCGGUCAUCUUCCACGUCAUGAUCAAGGGCAUAUUAAUAUGGGUGGACAACAAGAAGGUCCACCCUUAAGCGCUAGAGCCGCGUCUUCGCCGAUAGGAGCUUCACCAAGGCAACAUGGUUUGGUUUCCCCCGCAGGGCUCAUUUUCUCUCCACGAAACAACAACAGUACCAACAACUUUGCUGUUUCUUCGCCUUCUACGUCUUCCUCCGGAACUGCAAGAAGUCUCUUUAAUAGCCUCUUGAACUGCUGUCAACAGCACAAUGGAGUUCUUGGAGAUGUCGAAGAGGAAUGCGGAGCAAAUGGCGUUGAUGGAGGUGGCGCUUCAUCUGGAGGUUAUACUGUUCCGGUUUCUGCUCCUCCUGCUCCUGCCGUGGCGGAUCCGACGGAUAUGGCUAUUGUAACUGCUUUUGUUUUCAAUUUCAUUGAAGCGCAGCUCCUGUUUACCUACGACGUCCUCAUGUUGAUAGGUGAAAGCCGAAUUCAUACUACUUAGCUCUCAAGCGCCCAUGAGAUCUCCUCAUCUUCAUCUUCAUGCUCUAAACAUGCAGUUCUGCCAGCGAAGAGUUACAACGUCUACGGCGAAGACGUUUCACGUGGCGUAUCUACGGCCUAUCAGCAAGGAGCGACAUAUCUAGAAUUACGAUCUGGUCAUCAUAUGAUCUAGAAGUAUGAUAUGCAUUGUUGUGGGGGAGCAUCAUCGUACUUACGUGGAGUCUCUCAAACAGAGGCCGUGUGACCAACACUUCGAAUUUCCAAACGUGCUAAGCCUAAGACGAUCAUCCCUUUCGCUCCUCACACACCUCUCCCACUUACCUUCACACACCUUUUGACCUUCGACGAAGGAUGCCUCUAAUAACCAGUCUCCAAGCUGCUAAGACGUAUAAGCGUCUAGUCGUCCAUCCAGCUACGAGUAAUUUACAGGGAGUCUCCGACAUCAUCUUUUUUGAUGUGCCGAAGAGCCAGACGGUUUUGGCAUUUAAACGUGCUCUAGUUAAGGCUACUUACAAGAAGAAAUCCAUCUUCCUCAGCUUCUUGGUCCCGCUUUUCAAGGGAGAUAACGGCGCCCAAGGAAGACGAAUCCCAACAUCAAGAUGGACCCCUCGACCCAAUGCACCACAAUUAAAGACUGGAACACCACCUCGUGCUAGGUAAAUGAAUGAAUGAAAAAGUAGUUCUAAUCUGGUAACGAAACUCUGGCCUACGACUUCCAAGGCCGACGACUGGCAGUCUCUGCAUCUGUUGCAUGAAGGCCGCGAACUGUUGGAUAACCAUCAGUUGGGUGCCUACACGACCCACAAGAAAGACGGCAUGAAGUUAAGAAAGUACUUGUACUACACAUCAGGAGUCUUCUACUAGCAUGGGUAUCUACUACAACUUGUGUGUUACAAGAAAAUUUAACAUCAGACUAGAUCGGCAUAAUCAUCUGUCUUGCCUAUGUCAUGGGUUUUGAUGUUGUGAUGCUUCAAAUUUUCAUCGUACAACUGCUAUAAUUACAUACAAGUUGUGUGUCGGUGUCGGUGGCAGUGUGUCACUCUUGAGUCUUGUUCACAGGCUACUUUACCAUGUUCUUUAAUUCUGUCGGACUGUCAAAAUUUAGAAUUUUCAAGUUUUUUUGGAUAGUAACUGAUGGACGUGGUCGAGCUGGUCUUCAGGUAUUGUUGUACAUGUUGUAGGAGGUGUAGUAUUCUUCAUUUCCAGCACUGUUCUCUCCGCUUCACAGCUUAUUCUUGCGGACUGUCAACAUUUAGAAAUCUCCAAAUCCAAAAGUGAGAGUGUACUACCACUCUCACUCUCUUGUUACUUUCGAAUACUUGAACGACCUCCAGAAUUAUAUGCUGCACAUGAUCUUCAAGCUAGGAGGUGUUUGUCCUUCGACCUAGAUGAAGAUCUACCUGCUCUAACGUCACUGUAUCUCCUGUACAAGCCAGGAAGUGGUAAACUUGUGGCGACGAAGUCGCCAAGCGGUGGAGUGUUAUACAUACGACACAGCCUAUACGAGGGAUGGACGCAAAUAUGAUCACGGAGUGACGCAGAAGUCAGAGGACUAUCUCACAUUUCAGUAGUAGUAUAAUUCAUUGCACUUCUAAAACAUAGAAGAAAUGCAGUAGGUCUUCUAAGUUGUAACUUUACUAGAUUCAUCGUACGUGUACGUUAUCGUCUUAACUCUUUAUUUUGCUACCCUGUUCAGCUCCUGACUGGAGGACAGAAAUACGUACAGAAGAUAGAGUCGCUUAUGGUUAGGCGUAGUUGCGAGCUAAAUGGAAGAUAGCAGAACUACGUAGUCUCGACCUAUUGCGCCUGGUGUGACUAGAAGAACCGUUGCAAUCUCUCAUUGUAGACCCUUCAUCCCAUGUGGCAACCAAUUAUAGGAUAAAAAAGAUGAGCAACUCCAUACUUUUGAAUUUUUGUGAAGCUCGUAUUAACGCUAGGAGUGGGUUGUUUAAGUUUACAAAACAGACCAGGGCGAGUAGUUUCGACGGUUGUGCUAGAGCUACAUAAGUGUUUGAUAGAAGUUGCUAAUUGUUUGAAAGCGAGGCAGCAUCUAGUCCUAACGAAAAAAAAAAUAGGCCGGAGGAUCGGGGUGAGAAACAGGGGGACUCGACUUGCUUGAUUUAUUGGGCUGCUUCAGGAUUUCGCAGUACCCCGGAAAUUGCAUCUCUUGUUUCUUCUAGGGGCAAAAACAUUCUACUUAAUAGGGCUAAAGACAUACCAGGUAAAAAAACAUCAUACUAAAGUCAUCGAGAAGUUGUCUGCGAAAACAAAAACAAGAUAGGUGAAUCAGGAUGGUACGUUUGUCGUUAGGAGUCUAGUUUGUAGUCAGCCGAAUGCAUAGGAU